UGACGUUUUCUGUUUGAAUGACAACAAUAAUCAUGAUCCUUCAGUAUGUUGUCUCGAUUUUCCCUUAGUGUUAUGUCUUGAGUGACAAUGGGCUUGCAUUCAUUCCCUUCAACAAAUCAAUAAGCAUUGGUCGGUUCUUUGUUUUUGCUGCUUUCAAGUCCUCAGAAAACUGUUUUAUUUUGAUGUUCAUUGAUUUUUCUGGCAAAAGAGGGUGCAGCGUCGUACAUUUGCUUUUCCACUUUUCUCUGAGUCCUUACCUCGUUUUUUCUUCCUUUUUUAUCGGCCUCAUAAUUAUGCUUAAUCACUAAUAACUCAUCCAAUAGAACUAGUUCGUCCUUUGAAGAAUUAGAGCGGGGUAUGUGCCACUGUUGUGGUCUUUCAGUGCACGUAAAGUUCUUGUGGUAUUUCAUCCACUUCGCUUUCAGUAAAAUCGAGUAUUUUGUACAGCAAUGCGCCAAUAUGCUUACAUCGACCAUUAGCUCCUGCUUUACAGUUACAUGCACCAGACUUCACCUGAGCCGUUUGCUUACUUAGUGAUACUCUUGUCCUGUAUAAUUUGUUUCUAGUCAUGGAGGCCUUUACGCGGCUUUCAAAAAACAGAAAUGUUCAUCUGUCGUGUGGUUGAACUUACCUUUUUGCACAUGUCCGGCUUUAUAUAGAGCGUAACCUUCACGCUUGCUUUUGAAAGCACCUCAGCGAACUUUCUUCGAGUUACUUUCCAUUUCUCCGGCUAAAUGAGCAAACAAAUAACAAUGCUGAAACGGAGGCAUUUGUUCCAAGGAUAAUGUCCAACCAUCGCUGGGCCAUGUAACUCUCUUGGGAAGAUUAUCGCUGGUUUGUUGUGAUCGCAGCUCGCGCUCAAGUCGAAGUCUACGAAGAUGUAUCCUCCAUCUGGAUCGACGAUUUUCUUUGUCCUGACCAGAUACUUGAUAAUCCUUUAUUCUAUUAAAAGUCAAAGACACAGCUGGAGCCCUUAGAAAAUCGCUUUUAAUUUUUAAAAUCCUGACAGAAAAAUACUGACAGAACUACAAACCUUGUAAGUAAUUCUCUUCGACUCCCACCCACACUAGCACCUCGACACUUUAACCAACGUUUAAGUUGUUCAUUAUUAAAGAUUUGAGGAUCCUUAUUUUUGAACGAUGCUCCUGGGACAUCGUCCUCAGUCAAAAUAAUUUUCUUCUUGAAAUUUUCGGACUUUGAGUGGUCUUGAAUGUCCUUGUUUUCAUGACUUUUCGCAUCGGUUGCCCGCUAUUUUUUUUUUAAACUUUCGCGGUCUUUACUACUACAACCAUAAUGCACAGCGCGCGUGACGUCAUCGUGCAAAUGGGCUAUUAUUACGUCCAAAACCGAGAAUCUGUUUCUAAAGGUAAAAAGAGCUUUUCAAUCCGGCCAAUUCGGCGGCCUAAAAAAACCUGCAUGUCAUUAACAUGACUAUUUGAAAACAACUGCUUUAGCUUCCGAUCGAAAAAAAAAACUGAAUCUGAAAGUAAGAUAAGAUUCGCCGACGACUUCGCAGAACUGAUGUUGUAGUCUCGCGAUCGAGACAACUUGAGCUCCGUGUUUUAUACUAUCAUAAACCAUGAUUUUUCAACCAAUCAGAGUGCACGUUAUAGCUGAACUUUAUUAUGAAAAAAAAAAAAUUGAGAAAAAACCUUAACCAAAACCAACUUAAAAACUUGUUGUUUGGUGACUGUCACCCUGUUUGGUUUUACCGGAUUUCAAAUAAGACGUAACAGACAAAUAUUUAAGUUUUCAAACUUCCGGCUUAAAAUCUCUGGAUUUUCAAGGCGUCCUUAUGAAGUUACUGAUAUUAUAAGAAUUUAAGUAGUAAUGUUUUCAGAACUCUAACAUCGUAAAUAGCACUUUUUGAUCACAUUUUUUUUCAAUAAUGAUUUGUCGUACCGGUUUGCCUGUGGCUUGAAGCACACGGUAAAUAUCGUUUAUGGAAGGGAAUAGAAAGAAAGUAUAUAUAUUAACUUAGUUACUAAUAUUGAAACAAACCUGGUGAAAACUAUAUAAAGCAUAAAUGGCGUCAUCCAUAGUUUUCAGAUAUUGUUUGAUAUUUCUAAAUUCAACUCGGUUUUAAAUUGAUUUCUCAGGCUUCUUGCCAAGAUUUGCCCACCAAGAAGAAGAAACAAACUGGUCAUUGUAAUCCGGACUACAAAGGAAAAAGAUGUGAAAUUCGUGAGUAACGCUCGUCUAUUUAAUUUAAUUUUACAAUUGCUUCACGGCGAAGUGCAUAUUUACCAUAUAUAGUCAUUUGUUUUAUUAUCUGCUGCAGCAAAGCCGCGAGGUUGGAAUUCCAAGCAGCCUGCUUAUUCCUGUAAGAGCAUCCGGCACCUGGUGACUCUAAAGGAGACGGAGGUACUGGAUCGACCCUCAGAACAGUGGAAACCCGUUGAAAGUUUACUGCGACAUGACAACUGA